GUUCAUAUUUUCUGGCCGGACACAGGAAGUCGGCAUGCGUUUGCACAGAAGCUGAUUUCCGUACACAAUAUGGCGGCUGAGUUUGUCAGGAAAUUUCAAAGCUUUUCAGAGAGCGAUAAGCAAUGGCGAGCGAGAGAAGAAUUUAUUAUUCGGAACCUGAAUCGUUUCGAGGAUGAGAGCGAGAUAGAUCAGCUGCUGGCGUUAUCUAUGGUCUGGGCUAACCACGUGUUCAUGGGCUGCCGUUACAGCAAUGAACUUUUGGAAAAAGUCUGUGGUAUGGCGGAAGGCAUUGUAGUGGAAGAUGCUCCACAUUUUACAACUAGAGAUGAAAUCAUGAAACAGCGGAAUCAGUAGCCGACGACAUGAACUACUCCUUUGGCUUCCGGCGUCUGCCAGUUGAAGACUGUACUGAACAGCCACACAGAUUUCCCGCUUCAAUCAAAUCGACUCGUCUGCUUGAUUCGGGCACAAACCAACUUCAGCCGCCAAGCAUUUUAACUUUUUUAAAAUAACAUUUUAAUCACCGGCAAAAAUUAAAAAAAAAAAUUUUGUUUUAUGAGAAGACUGUUCGUUAGUUAGGCCCAUAAUUGUGCAUCCUGAGCAUGCAGCACUGCUGUCAAUCUUCCAGUACAAUGUACCAACAUCCGCAUCACAAUGGGAUGCACCGAAUCCACUAUUUUGGAUUUGGCCAAACCCCUGAAUCCUUCAAAAAAAAUACCAAAUGAAUCCUAAUUUGCAUAUGCAAAUUUGGGGUGGGAAGGGGAAAACAUUUUUUACUUCCUAGUUUUAUGACAAAAAGUCCAGUGAUUUCCCUCCCUGCCCUAAUUUGCAUAUGCAAAUUAAGCAUCUGAUUUGGUUCGGACAUGCAGAAGGAUCUGGCCGAUGAAUCUGAAUCCUGCUGAAAAAGGCUUUAUCCUGGAUUCAGUGCAUCACUAUAUCACAUGGAGGGGUCAAUAAACCAAUAGGGCAAGGAGCACAUCAACAUGGCAAUGUAGUCCUUGUCGGGACAAUAUCAUACCAAAUGUCUGGACGAUUUUUGCCGAGAUGUUGAUCAAGCAGGUCCUAUAUAUUGGCCAAUAAACUUCCAAGUUGGUCUGGCAA